AUGUUGGAGGCAGUUCCGGUUGCGGAGGUGACGUACGAAAUUAAUCGUCGGAUCGGCAAAUUUUGGGUUCUUGGUCAGGAGCGUUUGGCAUACGUUCCACAGUAUCCAAAAAAGGAGGAAAUAGCUGAUAUCGAAGAUCUGGGCAAAGAUAUCGCCAGAACUCCAGAGAGACAGUUGAAAAAUGUAGUGGGACUCCGGAAUAAACUUGACCCAUGGGUUGGUCGCGCUCUUGGUGACAGUUUCAUUCCAGGUAGGUGCAUAGAAACCAUAUUUCAGUCGAAAUGUUAAGU